UCCACUCGGCCCUCUUUCCUCCACAGCCACAGAGCCACACACUCCAAAGUCCAAACUCGUGGUUACCAUCUCGGCACCUCGCCGGGAGAACAGAGCAACCUGCCUGCCCGAGCAAGAGGAAGAAGAUGGCCUCGUCCGCCUCCUUGCUCCACCCUUCCACACUCGCUCCAGCCUCCUCGCCGCCCCUGCCGCGUCGCCCGCAGCUCGGCCUCCGCUCGAGCCCUCGCCGUCCCCGCGGCGUCUCGCUGACCGCCGCCGCCGCCGCGUCGCCGGACGUCGAGAAGGAGCCCUCCUCGUCGCCCCCUGCGCCUCCUGACGAGCCCUCCGACCUAUCGGCCGUGGCGGAGAGCGUGAAGGUGCUCAAGGACGCGGCCAAGACGAGGAAGGUGCCGGCCGCGGAGGUGCUGGCGGCGCUGGCCAAGAUCAAGAAGGCCAAGCUCGACACCUCCACCUUCUUCGAGACCCUCGGCGGGACCGAGUCGCCGGGCAGGACGUGGAUGCUCAUCUUCACCGGCCAGGGUAGUAAGCUCGAGAAAGGCAGCUACUUCCCGGUGACCGCCGUCCAGCGCUUCGACGCCGCGGGCCAGAGGAUCGAGAACGGCGUGUACCUGGGCCCGGUGGGGAGUCUGACCUUCGAGGGGCGGCUGUCGUGGAAGAAGAAGAUCCUGGCCUUUGUCUUCGAGCGGAUACGCGUCAAGGUCGGUCCGCUGCCCUCCCUGGAGAUCCCCUUCGGCGGCGGCGACACGAGCAGGGAGCCGAGCACUAAGGACCCCUUCUUCUUGUGGUUCUACGUGGACGAGGAGAUCGCCGUGGCGCAGGGCAAGGGCGGCGGCACCGCCUUCUGGUGCCGAUGCAAGCGCGUCCCGGCAUGACGACCAAGGUCCCGUUCAGUUAGCGCGUGAAGCAUCAGAGGCUCCCUCCCUCUCUUUCUUUCUCUAGUCUGUAGCCAUUGUUUUCAUGUUCUUGAGCGUUACUGUACACAAUUAUGUAGACGGAUGACGUAAUAUUCGAACGAUGAGAUGAUACUACGUA